AUGACCACUGAUCACAGUGAGGAGAAAGAACAUAACAAAGACAAACAGAACGACCCAGCUGACAAAAACAAGUCCAUUACCCAAACCGUGACCGAUAAGCUUGCGCCAGCUUGUGCAACAGUCACAUCCACACUUGCUCCAGCUUAUGCCACCGUUUCUGAAGCCACCAACCGGAUUGCUUCCAAGAUUUACAUCUCCACUGCCCCCAAUGCAGACAACACAAGCACUGAUAGUGUCGGAAGCACCAGCACAGGGGCGGGUCCCUCUGAACACCUAUGGGACAAAGGCGUGUCAGUGAAAGAGUAUCUGAUGCAUAAACUGGAACCAGGUGAAGAUGAGAGAGCCCUUUCUCAGGUGAUCACCGAAGCCAUCAGUCCAAAGAAAGAAACGCCCAGUGGUGAUAACCGUGAUGUGGGCAUGGUGGAGAAGGUAAGAGGUGUCGUUUCUUCGUUGCUUUGGAGCAACAACGAUUCUUCAACAUCUGGGUUGUCGACGACGACAGCAGCAACAACGAUGACAGCAAACAACACAUCCACAAACAUUCCUGUCUCUGCCAAUGCUCAUCAUACAGCCCUUGAGCAAGAGGAGAAGACCGAGGCAAGGAGGCUUCAGGCCAACUAAGAGUCUUAAGUCAGGGAUAUUGCUUCACUAGUACAGAAGAAUUACAAGACUACAAUACAGAGUGGCAAUAUUUGCUGAAUUAGUUCCAUCAAAAUAUCUUUUUGUUGCUGAUGAAUUGGGUUCCAAUCUUUCUUCAUGAAAUUCUUAGAAUAUAUGUAACGGCUGCCUUUAUUUAUUUAUUACUAACUAUAUUUCCUCCCAACAAUAAAUGAGUUCUCACCUAAUUUGCACGUUGAAAAAGAGUUGUAAAGAGAAUUGCAUCAAAGGUGAUCGAAUAUAUGGAUGGGAUGGGAUGUGCCCAAUUUUG